GGAUUCCAUGAGUAAAUUAGGGGAGAGGAUCCGGGCUUUCGCUGAUUGAAGAAUACCUUGCCGCCCCUAAUAAUAUCUCACUAUAGUAAUAUCAAAAUAGUUAUGAUUCUUGAGGCUAUUCGCUCAAGAAUGAGAAGUAAUUGAAGCGUCUGUGGAAGAUUGGGAAAGCAUUUGUGGUUGUCGUUUGUCCGCAGUGAUAGGGUUAUUGAGGGGUAAGCAAGGCCGAUAGUAAUCAAAUGUGCAUAUGCAUCUACAUGCUUCAAAGAACUUGGCCUCAUCUGAUUCUGAUACUUAUACCCGUACUCUAUCACCCCCGAUAAACAAGCUGAUAUUUUCUCUCAAUAAAAUCAACAUGGCAUCAGCAACCAAACCACCCGUUCCACCUUUCACUGAAGAGACUGCUCGGAUCAAGGUCAAAGCUGCUCAGGAUGUGUGGAAUACAAAGUACGUGAUGACUUUCCAUCUUGAUAAUCGAUCAUGAUCAACUGACGUGCUUUAGAAAUCCUCAAGUGGUAAAAAAUGCAUAUACUGAAGAUUCCAUCUGGAGAAACCGCGAUACAUUCAUCCGAGGCCAGGAUGAAAUCGUAGAGUUCUUGAGCAAGAAAUGGGCAAAGGAAAAUGGUUAUAGGUUGAGGAAGGAACUCUUUGCAUUUACGGAGAAUAAAGUAUUUUUGUCUUUAUACUUGAAGGAAAGAUGUACUGAUGAGAUCCCAAUAGAUAGCAGUACAAUUCUGGUACGAAUUUCAUGAAGACGGUCAAUGGUGGAGAUGUUAUGGCCUUGAGGAUUGGACUUUUGCGGCUGAUGGAAGGAUGAGGAAGCGACAGAUGAGUGGGAAUGAUGUUAAGAUUGCGGAUGAGGAGAGGUGGUUUAAAGAUGGGGUGGAUGUUAAUGAAGUUGAGAUCUUAGGAAAGCAUUGGUGAAAUGACGCAGCGGAUGAUGUUUUUUGAGGAAAGGUGCAAUAUUCAAGUAUUAAUGUGGUGUUGAUUCUACUCUGUGUGUGGUAUUGUUGUCGGUCG